AUGUCGGGGUCAGCGGCAAAGCUUCCCUCGGCUCCCCAAAAUUGGAAAAACAUGGUGGCAGCAGCUAGGAUCUCAGAUAAGCAGAUACACGAUGAACAGCUACCAUCGGCUUCUAAGAUGAAGCUGCGGCAUUUUCUACUGCUACGAGUUCUAUGGAAACCGGUCAAACUCAGCAGUUUCAGUCCUAAGCGGUUUGACUUAGACACAUGGAUGGGGCCCGCACGAGACAUGCUCAACUCGUAUCACUCCUGGCAGGUCUACCUCGAGAGCUUUCGGGGCACGAAACCGACCGGCGAGGGGAAAUUCUUCCUAGCGAAGAUCUCUCAGCUCGAAGCGGCGAAAGUAGAGAGCGAUGAGAUCUCAGACGAUAGGCGGCGCGAAGAGCAGAACAAGGCCCCGACGAAGUCUUCAUCCAUUCCCCUGGAAGGCCUCACACCCAAUGAUCUGACGCCCUCUACGCCGGAGGACCUCGAGGAAGAUGAUCCUUUUAAAAGCCGAACGCCCCUGACAGCGGAAUCCCUUGGACCCCGGGAGAUCAGGAAUGAAAUGUACCCCAAAAUUGACGACGAGCAGGUGGUGAACGUUGCCACUCUCAAUUUCUUGAAGGCCAUCACGGCUCAUUUCUCAUGGCUUUCGAGCUCCUGGACCAUUCACCGAAAACCCUUCCAUGCUCGGUUCGAAAAUACUCAAUACGAAGCCAGGACUAACGGAUAUCUCCAAGGUAAGGAGUCGAAGGACGUGCGAGGCCUGAUAGAGGUGAAGGCCCCUCUACGCAUAGAUAAGCAAACCGAAAUCCGCAUCCAGGAAAGCGCCCAAACGGUAGCAUGGGUGAAGGAAUUUCCGCAUACGCCGCCAAAUCGUCCAUAUCGGCGUUUUCACGUGUCGCAGGAUCGGCAUGAAAUCUGGCUCAUCUUUGCUGAAUAUGAUGACCAGAACCUCAAGAAUCUUCAGGGUACCUCUAACUACUGCUACGGGUCCAAUAUCCUUCCUAACCAUGUACGAGGUUGGUCCGUUCAGUACCCAAAUCGAGAGACAUAUGGCCGAGCUUGGACCUAUCUUGCUCGCGCUCACUUUGCGCGCUGA